CAUCAUCAUCAUCGUCGUCGUGAGUCAGACCCCGCAGGCCGCCGCGCCGGCCCGUCCUGCCAUUUUAAAAGGUGUGGUGACAGAGCCGCGCGAUUAAAAGGGGGAAGGAGCCAGCAGGCUGUCACCGCCAGCAGUCACGGAGGCUGGAGUUUGAUCCUCCCACACUGGAAUAAGGAGCAGCUGGACAUGGCCACAGACGAGCUGUCCUCCAAGCUCAGCCGCCGGCUGCAGAUCGAGGACGGGGCCGAGCAGCCCGUCGCGGUGGACGGCUGCGGGCUGCAGGACGGCGCGGAGGAGAAGCCGCUGGCGGCGAGCGCGGACUCGGAGCUGGGCGCGCUGCUGCAGCGGCGGGGGGAGCUGAACGAGGGGCACGGGGAGGCGCAGCAGCCCAGCAUGCGGGUCUUCAACCCCUACACCGAGUUCAAGGAGUUCUCCCGGAAACAGAUCAAAGACAUGGAGAAGAUGUUCAAAACGUUUGAUGCCGGUAAAGACAACUACAUUGACCUGAUGGAGCUGAAGCUGAUGAUGGAAAAGCUUGGAGCGCCACAAACCCACUUAGGAUUGAAAAACAUGAUCAAGGAGGUGGACGAGGACCUGGACAACAAGCUCAGCUUCAGAGAGUUCCUGCUGAUCUUCAGGAAGGCAGCUGCAGGAGAACUGGCGGAGGACAGCGGGCUCUGCGCUCUGGCACGGCUCUCUGAAAUCGACGUCUCCACGGAGGGCGUCAAAGGAGCAAAAACUUUCUUUGAAGCUAAAGUCCAGGCCAUCAGCGAGUCUAACCGGUUCGAGUCUGAGAUCCGCCAGGAGCAGGAGGCCAAGAAGAAGCAGGCGGAGGAGCAGAAACAGCGACGAGCCGCUUUUAAAGAGCUGCAGUCUGCUUUUAAAUAACCUCCGGAGGUCCUUUCCACGUCCCCCACUCAUGAUGUCAAGUUCUAAUCACUGCUGUUUAUGUGGCAGAUAUGCUUGAAAACCUGCGCAUUUCAACCCUUCCUCUGAAGCACACAGUGUACCGGCACGCAGACGCGCUCUUUGCUUUUCUACCCGUCUUUAGAGGCGGCGUUUCAGACAUUCCCUCUCACACCAGUGCCACUCCAACAGGUGCAUCAUGUUGAGAUCUGCUGACCAAUGCAGACCUUAGAUCAGUGUUAAUGUUCACCAGUUGCACGUCCAAUACUGUACUCUGCCAAACAAAAGAGCUGAUGAUCAAAGCAGGCAGCUGGUUUGUCCCAAUCAGGUACAGCGUAGUCGUUCAGCCAAGACAUUUGCUCCGUUUGCACGACCUUAGGCAUCUGAAAAGUGUCUUAAUCCACAGAUCAUCCGGUGAAUGAGUGUUUGGAGAGUACGCCGCUGGUGUUGGAGUGUAUGGAACAUUUAUGCCUAUGAUAAUCAAGAAUUGGAUGAAACUCGUCUUUUAGAAAAGAUAGGGACCAACAAAAUGUUGUGAGCCGUUUUUGUGUUGUUUCAAAUUUAAGAUCCAAACCCCGCUGAGGUGGAGCGGCUCGCCCUCUGACCCAGUUUGGGAAUUGAUCUUUGAUCUUUGACUGUGAUUUAAAUGCUCAGUAUGUCUUCACGAAUAAUAGUUAAACACACAAAAAUGCUUUAUUUUUAUAAGGAACAACCACUCUGGAGGUUUAAAGAAAGGGAACAACUAUUCAAACGUAUGAGAACACUUGGAGUGUGUUUGUGAGUGAUUACAAUCCACUUAGAUGGAAACACUUAAACUGAGUGAAAACUUUUGUUUUUUCCAUUCCAUUGUCGACCUAAAUCUGUAUAUAUUGGUUAUUUCUUUUCCUAAACAUACAUUUCCAUUCUUCAGGGUUCUUUGGUUGUUAAACUUGACUUGAUCAGUCUUUAACUUUUGUACUAAUUUCCUCUCAGGACCAAUUGGCUUAAAGUUUGUAGCCACUUUGUUAUGUAAGAUGCUAGCACUUAUACUGACAAUCCUGUUGUGGCUCUGUCUGAUGUAUGCAAGCACGUUAUGAGUGAAAUGGUUGGUUAAUAAAAUCAAUAAAUCUACUGUCAUUAA